AUGUUGCUUGUGGAUUUAGUGGCUCAACAUUUCAGUGUAGUAGAAAAUAAGCGUACCGAUGCUGUUACUAUGAAACAGAAAAAUGCGGAGUGGGAUUGGGGAGACUACACUCCGAAACUGCUGCAAACUCCGAAAUCUGCACCUCUACGGGCAGUGAGUAAGAGAGAAGAGGAUGUAGGGCCUUCUCCUACUCAAAGUAAGAGUUGCUAG